AUGAAGCUUAAUUUACAAGAAACUACUCCAAAUAUUUUGAUUGCAGAUGGUUCAGGUGCAAUUCGUAAUGGCUUUGAAGCCAUUUUUGGAGAAAAACCUAUAGUAAUGUGCUGGGCGCACAUGCGACGUGCUGUGGUGAAGAAGAUUGAAUCUAUGGUAAAUAAGAUGGAGAAGCAAGAUUUGGUAGAAGAUAUUGAUGCAUUACAAUUAGCACAAAGUGAACAAAUAUUUACAAAAGCAUCCAAUUUUUUUAUCAGAAAAUGGAACAGAAAAGAACCAACAUUCAUCGAGUAUUUUCAAAAGGAAUGGUUAACUUCGCAUCGUGGUUGGUACGAAGGUAUUCAGCAGUUAACCCCAAGUACAAAUAAUGGUUUGGAGUCCAACAACAGAGUGAUUAAAGACGAAAAUAUAUUUCGAGAACGUCUUCCAUUGUCCAGAUUUAAAAUUUUAACUUUUGAAAUGGUACAAAAAUGGUCAAAAUCAUACGAAAGAGGUCUCAAACAAUUUCAUGAUGAACAAACGGUGACAUUAGAUAUAUGA